AUGUGGGCUUUCAUGGAGGGCUGGCUCACCCCCAGCUCCCUCUUCAUCGUCCUCAACAUCGUGAUCGGCACCAUCGUCCUCACCUCCCGCCUCACCUCCUCCCCCCCGAAGCCGCGCCCCCAUUACCACGACCAUCUCGGCCCCGACCACUCCCCCCCGCUCGCCCGCGCUCCUUCCUUCCUCGAGCGCGUCAGGUCCAUCGACUUCUCCCUCUACAAGUUCGGCCACCACGGCGGCGGAUACCCCGAGCUGGAGCCGGAGCCGGCGCACGCCCGGUACGAGCCGCACUCUUACCCGGAUCACGGUUACGCCGCCCAUGUCGACGCGCCCCCGCUCGCCCGCGCCCCGUCCUUCGUCGAACGGUUCAAGGCCAUCAACUUCUCCCUCCACAACUACAAGUACGACCACCCCGCUGGCUAUCCCGAACCCGACCCCCUCCCCGUCCAAGGCUCGCCGUACCCGGAGCCGCAGUUCUCCCACCCAGCCGAUCCGCCGCCUCUCGCCCGUGCGCCUUCCCUCGUCGACCGGCUCAAGUCCUUCGACUUCUCUCUCUACAAGUACCAAGCGCCGAGCUACGACCAGCCGCAAGCCGACCACGACGAGCGUCCGUCGGGACCGGAGUACGCGGACGGAGCCGAGCCGCCCCGGCUCGCCCGCGCCCCGUCUCUCCUCGGGCGCGUCAAGUCCAUCAAGUUCUCUUCGUUCUACAGAUCGAGCGAGCCCGACCCGGAUGAGGACGCGCCUCACCACCUCGGAGUCGACUCCGAUUCCGUAGACCACGACUGGGUCCCCUACGCCGACGCGGGCCGGGCCCGUCAGGACCAUCAAGUGAGGAGGGUCAGGUCAGACCCGAAGACGACCACCCCCGGCGAGGGUCCGGCGCGGCGGCUCCCCGCCAAGAUGAAGAAGUCAGCCAGCGAGAGGUCGGCAGUCGGGCAGUUCGAGGACGAGGAGGAGGACCAUGUGGAACGCCGGAGGCCCAAGACAGCGAGGGAGGGCAGGAAAAAGAGCGGCACCGCGGCGGCGCCGGCGCCCGAGGAAGAAGACGAGAUCGACGCGAAAGCCGACGCCUUCAUCAACCGGUUCAAGCGGGACCUGAAGCUGGAGAGGCUCGACUCGAUCAUGCGCCUCAAGGAGAUGCUGAGCAGGGGCGCUUCGUGA